CGCCCUGGAGGAGCUCUCUCAGCUGAGAGGAGAGAAUCAGUCGGAGCUUCAUUCAUUCAGAGGAGAGCUCAUCAGUCCUGGUACUGCGCUCGAUGCAGCUGCAUCACCUAGACUUUCACACACUGAGGACACCAUCAUCAUCAUCAGCUCUGAUUCAGGCUCCACAUUCUGGUCUCCUUAGUCCCUCUGCAGGUCCGGUACAGAGAGACAGACUGAGGGGCUGCUGCAGGACUCACAUCUGCGGGGUUACUGCUGAAGUUGGACUGGGAAGUUGGACCGGUUCUGGACGGACCCUGGGUAGAAAGUUCUGGUUUUAUGGUCUGGUUUUAUGUGAGAGAGGCUUGCACCAUGCUGAGGAGAACCGGAUCUGAGUACGAGAGUGGACAAUGAUUUCAAACAGCAACGAGCUUUUCAUUAUGGUGAGGAGAUGUCUGCUCACUUUCAAACCGUUCAGGAUCUUUGUGUUGGGGAUCGGCUUCUUCAGCCUGUGCUUCCUAAUGACCUCUCUCGGGGGCCAGUUCUCGGCCAAGAGACCCGGAGACUCCCCGUUCACGGUGCGAGCAGAAGACCUCUUCAUGGGUAAGGAGAAGUUCCUCUCCAUCCUGCAUCGAUACAUGGACAUCCACGGCACGGUGUACUUUGAGACGCAGCGUCCCACCGAGGUGCCGGCCUUUGUGAAGAACCACGGUCUGCUGCCUCAGCAGGAGCUGCAGCAGCUCCUCAAGGCGAAGCUCUUCAUUGGGUUUGGAUUCCCCUACGAAGGCCCCGCCCCUUUGGAGGCCAUAGCCAAUGGCUGCGUCUUCCUCCAGCCGCGGUUUAGCCCUCCUCACAGCUCUCUCAAUCAUGACUUCUUCAGAGGGAAGCCCACCUCCAGGAAGGUGUCGUCUCAGCACCCGUACGCAGAGCAGUACAUCGGCCGGCCACACGUGGUCACGAUCGACUUUGACAACUCUGAGGAUUUUGAUGCAACCAUCCGUGAGAUCAUGAGGAGUAACGUGGAGCCGUUCCUGCCCUAUGAGUACACCUGCGAGGGGAUGCUGGAGAGAGUUCAUGCCUACAUCCAGAACCAGGACUUCUGCUCCCCUGAGGCUCCGUUUCCUCCUGUGAACUCCUCUGGCUCGUGGCCCGGCAGCCCUCCGAGUCCUUUCAUCCUCCACCCAAACUCCAGCAUCCUCACCUGGGCCCCCAACGCCAACGCCAACGCCUCUUCCUCCUACGCGUCCUGGCCCCCCCUCAGUGCGCUGCGGCUGCUGGCUUCGCCGGAGGGCGGGUCCUGUGUGAAGGCGUGUCAGAGCGCAGGACUCAUCUGUGAACCCGCCCUGUAUCGGUUCAUCAACAUCAAAGAAGCCUUCAGCGCGUUGGACUUCCAGUGUGAGGGUCUGGAGUCUGAGAUGAACCACCUCUUCCCCGCCUUCUCAGCAGAGCACGCCGAAUGCGGCCUGCAGCAGGACCCGCUGCUGUUCAGCUGCGCCGGCUCCAGCCCCAAACACCAGCGCCUGUGCCCCUGCAGGGACUUUGUGCACGGGCAGGUGGCGCUGUGCAGAGACUGCUUAUGACCAGAGGAGGAGCCGUGCACAGAGACUGGAUCCUCUCUGGAAGUGAGAGUCUGUGGGGAAACGCUGAUGAACACUGAGUCCGCUCCUUACCUCUGACCACAGACCGGCUGCCAAAGAAGGGGAAGUGUUUGUACCUCUCAGGGAAAUGCAUGAUUGUACUUUGGAUCUGGUGGGUCGAGCCUGAAGGUCUUCAUGGCUGCAUCGUCGUUUGAAAUGCAUCUUUUGAAGGACUGUAAGCAAUCAAAGUAAAGCUUUGAUAAAACAUGUUACCGAUGCUUGAAUCUCACAAGUGUUUACUAAGUGUUGUGUGGAAACUACUGUAUCAUCGUGGAGUUUGGAUAUUUGUACUAGAUGCACCCAAAGCCAUUUACACCAUGAUGAGAUGUACUCUUUUCCAUGUCCUGUAUGAAUAUAUUUGUACAUAAGUGUUGUUUAAUAAAACAGAGGGGGAAGAA